GCUGUUAUAUACUGUCUGUGGACCAAAUCCAUAUUCGCCGCGCUGUGUAUUCUGGGAACACGCACUAGUUUCAAGAUGGCGGCGAGCAGGAGGCUGGCCAAGGAACUUGAAGAGAUUCGCAAGUCUGGAAUGAAGAACUUCAGAAACAUUCAAGUUGAGGAAUCAAACCUAUUGUCAUGGCAAGGACUCAUUGUUCCUGACAACCCCCCUUAUGACAAAGGUGCAUUCAGGAUCGAAAUCAUUUUCCCCACCGAAUACCCAUUCAAGCCUCCCAAGAUCACAUUCAAGACAAAGAUCUAUCACCCCAACAUUGAUGAAAAGGGCCAGGUGUGCUUGCCUGUGAUCAGUGCUGAGAACUGGAAGCCUGCCACCAAAACUGACCAAGUAAUUCAGUCCCUCAUUGCACUGGUGAACGACCCCCAGCCGGAGCAUCCCCUGAGGGCAGACCUAGCAGAAGAAUACUCAAAGGACCGUAAAAAAUUCUUGAAGAACGCUGAAGAGUUUACAAAGAAACAUGGUGAAAAGCGGCCAAUGGACUGAUCACCUGAUGAGCGUGGAGCCCUCUCUUUCUCUUUCUCUCCCUUUUCUUUAAUCUCCCCGCCCAAAUACCUAUCUUGCUCCCGCCUCUCUGCUACACCCCACAACUCAACACCGUCUUCGCUCACUCUCCUUACCCCUUCUUUCCCAAAUUGCACCUCCCUGCAGCCCAGGAGCCGCCUAGCUGAAGCCAGGCAGCGGCAGCCUAAGCCGCCUUCCCCAUCCAGGACUCUCUGUGGAUCAGACAGCUUCCUCCCCCUCCUCUUUCUCCUCCUUCUCAGCCAUAAACAUCCAGACCAUUUCUAACUUUCUACUCUUUUCUUAAAGUGAAAAAUGGAAAAAGAAAUGCUAAGGGAACAUGAUGUUCAGAUGAAAUAUUAGAUGGAAAUACUCAGAGUAACUUGAUCAUUUUCUGUUGGCUUUUCCUCUAUAUAAACAACUAUUGUGUUAAAUAGAUCUCACAUAGACAUGGUUUUCUGAGGUAUUUUUUUUUUUGAGCAGGAAAAGUGGUUGAUUACUCUAUUUCUUUUACCAUUUCAUCAGUAAUCCUAACUAAAAAACAAACAUGACUGAAAGAAGAGAAGCUGCAGCUUGGACUGGGAGCUGUGUGCUGACUGAGGUGUUUCCUUUACAUCAACUGCUACUAGACUUGCACUGUACUCUGUGGAACAAUCCAUCUCACAUCUUCCUCCCCACGGUUUGUAACCCACUGAGCAGAAACAUACAAUAACAAGCCAUUUAGUAAUUGAAUUGUUAUUGCUAAAAAAGCUACAGAAAAUUGAGUGUGUAAGUUAAAACAAUCGUUUUCCAAACAUGUAGCUAUCAUCAGUAGGCCCUCAAAUACAAGCGGAACGAUACUAUCUACACAUUUUAUCAAUGUUCUUUGAUGGUGUUUUGCAACCCAGAUCUAUUGCACUCAGACCCUGCGGUUAAAACUGUUUUCUGCAUCACAAAUGGCUACUGUGAGUUUCUUUUACAAUUUUUUUUAUUAUUUUCUUCCUCCAACUAAACUUGUUUUGAUUGGCACUUGAUUCAUUAAAUUGGUGGAAAUGUGGGAAGAAUCUGUUGUGUUAAUUUGAAUCUUCCAUGCAUGUCUCCUUUCCCACUAUUUGGGCACCCCAGUAUAAUCAUUUAUCACAUCCGAAACAGAGCCCUUUAUCACACUGAGACAUAUUCGAGCAGACAACCAGCUGCCUAGCUAGAUGGAUCAAUGUUUUAUUGAUCCAGGGGGGAAAGGGAGCGGGUGGUCCGGAGCUGUAGAGUAUAAGGUGGAUGCACAAGAUGGAAUGGAUCUCAACUCGUCUACGCAGUCCUUGAAACGGGCUCCUUGAAAGCAGCUGGGAGAGGGCUGGCUGUCCAAGGAUGUGUUCGGACAUGGGAAAGGAUUGCAGCAGAAAUCAACCAUGUAACAGUUGUUUGAUGUGGUCCCAAUAUUGUUUCAUAAUAAAGAUGGCUUAACCAUUUGGCCUCACUCUCAA